GAGGUGGCCACCGUCCUCCGGCAUCCGGUCAGCGCUGUCGCCCGGGCCCGCGCCAUGGCCCUGAAGGCUGAGGGCGCCGCGCUCGACUGCUUCGAGGUGAAGCUCAAAUGCGAAGAAGGGGAGGACGACGAUGAGGCCGUGGUGGUGGCCGUGAUCCCGCGGCCCGAGCCGAUGCUCAGAGUCGCCCAACAGGAGAAAACUCCACCGCCGAGGCCCAGCCUGCCCGAGGCGGGCUGCGAGGAGCUCAGGCAGCAGGUGUCUUGGGAACAGGAGUUCCUGGUGGGAAACAGCCCAGGAGGCAGCGGGCGAGCCCUGUGCAUGGUGUGUGGCGCGGAGAUCCGGGCCCCCUCGGCAGACACGGCUCGCGCGCACAUCCUGGAACAGCAUCCUCACACACUGGACCUGAGCCCUUCUGAGAAGAGCAACAUCUUGGAGGCCUGGAGCGAGGGGGUGGCCCUCCUGCAGGACGUCAGCACCGAGCAGCCGUGCCCUCCCAGCCCAGACUCAGGCCGAGAAGCUGAGCCAGCCCCGGACUCCUACCCGGACCCCGCCGAGAUGCCGGCAGAGAUCGUCGUCCUCCUGGACUCCGAGGACAACCCGGCUCUCCCUAGAAGGAUCCGGCCCAGGGGACUCCGCCCCCUCGAGCUUCCUGCCAUCCCCACUGCCGAGCCAGGAGGCAGGAAGCCCCGGAGUGUGAGAUGGAAGGAACCUGGGGAAGAGCCGGUCAGGAAGAAGAGAGGCAGAGCUGUGACCAAAAGCCCGGACCCCGGCCCAGAGCCCCCGUCGCCCGACUCGCCCACCGAGACGUUCGCAGCGCCGGCCGAGGUCCGCCACUUCACCGAUGGCAGCUUCCCCCCCGGCUUUGUCCUCCAGCUCUUCUCCCACACCCAGCUCAGGGCUGCAGACAGCAAGGACUCGCGUAAAGACGGGCGGACGGCAGACGGCGGCCUGCCCCAGCCAGAGAGCCCCUCCCCAGGCCAUUAGCAGGGACCUGGAUUGGAAGUGGAGCAGCCAGGAUGCAAACCAGCACUCACAUGGGCAGCUGGCAUUGUAGGUAACCAUUUUCCCCGCUAGGCCACAGCGCCAGCCCCUGGGGCAUGGGCGUCUUAACGGCUAGGCUAAACACUCAUUGCUGUUUGUAUUGUAAGAGGGCAGAUGUCAGAGUCAAAUGUCAGGCAUUUGACCCAGCAGUUAAGACCCUGUUAGACGGCUGGUGCCACGGCUCACUUGGCUAAUCCUCCACCUGCGGCACUGGCACCCCAGGUUCUAGUCCGGAUCGGGGCGCCGGAUUCCGUCCCAGUUGCUCCUCUCCCAGUCCAGCUGUGCUGUGGCCCGGUAGUGCAGUGGAGGAUGGCCCAAGUGCUUGGGCCCUGCACCCUCAUGGGAGACCAGGAGGAAGCACCUGGCUCCUAGCUUCGGAUUGGUGCGCUGCGCCGGCCGUAGUGGCCAUUUGGAGGGUGAACCAACGGAAGGAAGACCUUUCUCUGUCUCUCUCUCUCUCUCUCUCUGUCUAACUCUGCCUGUCAAAAAAAAAAAAAAAAGAAAGACCCUGCAAGACCCCACUUGGGACACUUGCAUCGCACGUCAGCGUCCGGGUUUGAGUCCUGACUGUUGCUGAGUCGUCUUUGCUUCCUGCUAACGCACACCCUGCGAGGCAGUGGUGAGGGAGACCUGGACUGGGCUCUCGGCUUCAGCCUGGGCAGCCCAGCCCUGGCAGGUAUUUGGAGAGCGAACCAACGGUUGGGGCGCUCUCUCUGUCUGUCUGCCUCUCAAGAAAGUAGUUUUUCUAAAGGCAAGCGUGCAUCUCCUUUUCCGGGUGGAGAAGCGGGCUCCCGGGUCCUUCUUGCUUGUGGUUCCUGCAUUAGUUUUGUUUGCUGCUAAAAACAAGUGAUUACAGGCACAGGGCUCAAGACAGCACACAUGUGUUAUUUUGCAGUUCUGAAGGUCAGAGGCCCAAAGUGGUUGUCGCUCAGCUAGAAACUGAGGUGUGGGCAGGGCUUUGUUCCUUUCAGGAAUCUCUAAGGGAAAAAUCUGUCUUCUUGGGUGGCCUGGCUUCCAGAAGCCUCUCAACACCUUCACAGCCAGCAGCGGCCAGUCCACUGUCUCAGGACAGCUAAUGUGGGCUGUGACCGGCCCGCCCCCUCUUCUCCAUUGAGGGGCCCUUGUGGUUGCGAUGGGCUCACUCAGAUCACAGAGCCGAGGCCUGUGUUUUAUUUUAUUCAGCUGAUUAGCAGCCUCAGCUCCACCUGCAGCCCUGACGUCCCUUUGCCGAGGGACAAAGCACCCUCAGGAUGUGCACAUCUUUGGUGGGGACGUCACGCGGCAGCCAGACCCAGGUGACCAGCGAGCCGAAUUCAGAGGCGGUGCGGGGCCAGGGCCGAGCCUGCUUCCUCUCCACGCAGACACUGCUGAUGGUCUCAGGAGUGAAUGGGUCCCCCAGAAAGCGCUCCCAGGGCUCAGUGUUGCUUACGCCCUUGGUUCAAAGAGCUCUGUGUGCGCACACGUGCUCGCUUGCUCCUGUUUGCUGAUUCGCCAAAACAUCUCCCCGUUCGUGACUCAGGGCAGCCACUUCCUGUAGGUCACGGUUUUGACUGUCUAGGCUUCAGCUUGAGUCACAUUCCAGCCCCACAACCCUGGACUCCACAAUUUGCCUGGAUCUGAGCAUCACUCCCACCCCCCAUGGGACAUCGCGGCCCUAAAUGGCUGGCCUGUCCCACUGUGCAUUGGGUCCUCUAGUUUCAUUCUCGAAAGGGAGCCUUCAUUCCGAGUCUGAGGGUGUCCUAUUCCCAAACCCCAGGUCUCUGGUGUGGUGGGUGGAUGAGGUUUGAGGCUUAUUUGGGGUUCCCUGAGCGGACGAAAUGGUGGGAGGGGGCUGCAGCGUGUUCUCAGUGGCAGGAUCCUGGAGAUUAGGAGUGGGCCGGAAACUGCAGGGGACACCCUGGGGGCUGCCAGCCGCCCCACCCCCCACCCGGGAAGCACAUGGCAAUGGCGUGAGUCAGGCAGCCCUGUCCCCAGGACACUCCGUGUGUCGGUCAGGGCCAGCGAGGCUCUGAGGCAAGGUUGCUGUUGCCUUCCACACAGUUAAAUCCAGUUCCGUUCUCCAUCUCCAUGGUCUGGUCUCCUCCUUCACUCAGCCGUCCUUCUCAUGCCCCAGAGCGGGAAGGCGCACAUCGUCCUCUUCCCUUGCUAGGACGCAAGCACCUUGGGGUGGGGUGUGUCCUGCGCUGUGAUAGCCCCAGGGGCCAGAACUGUGUCAGCACAGAAUUGCCCUGCUUUGUGUUCAGUGAAUGAAGAGAUGAGGCAGCCCCCCCAACCACUGCAGGUGGGGAACUCUCCCAUUCCCUGGGAGCUCACCCCCAGGCCCCCACCUGUGUGUCCACAGCCUGGCCCUCCCCCGGGGGUCCAGCCACUCGUUCAGCCUGCCCCGUGACAUCUCUCAAACGAACAGUUCCAGACCAGGCCCACUGCUACGCGCAUCCUCCAUCCGUCAGUUUGCACUGCCCAGAACUUUGGGGUCAUCCUCUGUGGGGGGGCGCUCCACCCCCACACGGGUUCAAUGUUCACCCUCCUGCCGCCACCCUGGUCUGAUUCCGAGCCUCUGAGCUUUGCUUGCUCUGCUCUUUCUACCGUAGUCAGAGUGGCUUUGGCUAAAAACAUGAGUCAGGGUCGACCCCUCUCGGAGCCCUCCUGAGCCCUCCUAGGGGACCAGUGUCCCGCAGGUCCUGACUUCUUCCAUCACACCAGCUCUGCAGUCACCAGCCUCACGUUCCUAUGGCAGCAGUGUCCCCUCCCCCAGGCACCUGCAUUUCCAGCUCUCCAGCUUGCUGGCUAGCUAAUUCCUUGCUUUUCCUCUACAACUCUGCUCACCUGUCAGCUCCAGGCUGCCCUGUCUCCUUUCCCUGGUGUCUGAAUGUCGCAUCCAUCUAUAGAAAACACAGUCUGCAUCUUUUGGUUGUUUGUUUAUUGGCUGUCACCAGUAGAAGUUAAUUCCAAGAAGUCGGCUUGGUGAGUGGCAUUCGUUGCUGGAGCAGCGUUGGCAUGGCGUAGUUGCUCAAUAAGUGGUUGUUGAAGUGGUUUCAGCCCCCCCUCAGUGAGCUUACGUGAACACAAAAUGGAAUUCACCAGAUCACAGAACUGGGGGACAGUCCUGAAGUCACUUUAGGCAGUAGAAUUGGACCUUGUCUUCUCUGCCACAUUGUAAAUAACUGUGUCUGAGGACAGAAUAGGGAACGCCACACUGGACUCAGCACAGGCGGGCAGCGGCUGCAGUGCCCAGUGUGUGGUAACCUGCACAUGCCCUGUCCCAGGGACACUUGGUGACGUCCCCUGUGAGCCCAGUUUUGCCCACUGAGUGGUUUCUCCUCCCUCCGGUGGACAGCUGAGCCGUGGGGUGUGGGCACCACCUGUCAGGUCAAGAAGCAGAUGGGAGUUGUGAAGCAGAGCUGGACGCCACCCCAGGGCUCUGCAGCACUCCCUUCUCGGCUCAGCGCGUUGGCCCCUCGGUGGGCAAGGCCGGCUCUGGGACGGCUUUUAUCCAUUCGGCCAGGAUGCUCUAUGAUUUGAGUUGGAAUAGAGUCAGCUGAAGGGCAGAGCUGGACAAAGUUAAAAGGUGCUCUGUGGCCACGUGCCCGAACACCCGAGGGAGAAAGGCUGGGAACAGGCGAUCUGGUCCCGGUGGCUCUCGGCUCCCCUGUCCCCAAGCUUCCCCUCAUCCCAGGCCUAGAAGUGGAGAUAUGGUUUAAGUUUCAGGGAACAUCCUUGGGCCAAGGGGUCUGGAGGACCCUGACUCUGCUCUCUGCUCCCACCCCUGCCCAGCUCCCCCUCCGGGGCUCCGUGGGACACUGGAUCUCCAGGUUAUCCGCGUGCGGAUGGAGGAACCUCCGGCCGUCAGCCUCCUGCAAGACUGGUC